CUGUUUUUUUGCGAUAAAACAGACGCUUUUAUUACAGGAUACACCGGUGUUUUACCCGAUCUUAAGACAUGCGCUUGGCAUUGCCGGUCUUAAAGACCCGCUGGACGUGUUCUUCAAAUUCAACCCACAUCCGGUGUUGAUGACAUGCGGAAAGUUCCAGGGAUUUCUACUAGCGAACGCCGAUCGAAUCGGCAAGGAACAGAAUGUUCUGGGAGCGAAAAUUCGCGAGGUAGAUGCCAUGUUGUCGGCGGUGAAUGCGAAAGCGGCUUUUCGGCAGAAGCAGUUCAUGAAGCUGUGUUGCGAACUGGCGACGUUGACUGAGCUGUCUGCAGAUAUCGCCAAGAUCUCUGUUCAGAUGCGAGAUGUGAUCUCCACAGCCGCCAAAAUCAACGACAUGCUUCCGGCAAAUGACCGCCUUCCUUACUUGACGUUCCCGCUCCACGUUCAACGGAUAUUCGUGCCCCCCGGAACAGAAGAACAGAAGGUGGCCCCAAUUCAGUUGCAGCGUCUGGUGACGUUUUUCAAUUUUUGGCUAACGAGGAACAUUUCUUUUAUCAACGGCUCGCUGCAGAUGUUUCAAGACAAGAUGAUUGAUUUCGAGAAUCGCCUUUCUUCCAUGGAGAUAUCGUUGGAACUGAUAGAGGCCAAGCUUCAAGGAAUUCCUGAACCGGAUCAAACGGCACCGCCUAUGUUGCCACCACAAGUGACUGAAAACAGCGCCACCGCAUCUGCCGAAGAAGAGGUUACUGUACCUGAAAAACAGCAAGAUGAGGCAACUUCCGCAGUGGUCGACCCACAGCUCCAAAAGUACCUGAAAAUGCUGCAGUUGGGAGUGCCUGUUUUGGCCGUGAAGCAGCGAAUGAUGCUGGAUGAGGUGGACCCGACCCUAAUCGACAAGUAUUUGGACAAAAUACACUCGUGCAGGAUUAUUGAAGUGCGUUCUUCAUAUGCAGCGCUGAUAAGUCGACUCCUGCACUACAAGCUGUUGCCGAUGAAGAAGCCGGUGACGCAGUUGUUUCAGAUGAUGAAUCAAGUUUUGGUUCAGAUUUCGACUCUUGACUCGGUGGAGUGA